GCGUGCGCAGUAGCUCUCGCGACACUCGCCUGGGAUGCGUGUGGGAUCUCCGCUCCGCUUAUUCCAGAACAGCUUUGCUUCUCUGCAACCCACACUUUAGUGUGCUGAACGGCUACUGACAGCUUGAUUGCGGCCUGGAUAGUGGUGGAAUAAGUGGUUGCUGGUUUACAAAUUUCGGGUCCCAAAUAUGAAUGUGGUGUUCUGGGCAUGUGUAGUUUCACCUCUUCUGGCAGUAGGAGCUUUGUCACAUGAAGAUGGUCAUCUGGAAGAAGAAGGUGAUGACUCUGAAGAGAGCCCUUCUGACAACCAGGACAUUGCAGAUGACAGCAAAUUUGUGUUUCAGGUAACAUAUAAGACUCCAGUUCCAGUGGGUGAAGUGUAUUUUUCAGAAACAUUCGAUCAUGGUUCCUUGGAUGGGUGGUUUCUGUCAAAAACAAAGAAGGGUGAAACUGAUGAUGAAAUUGCAAAAUAUGAUGGAAAAUGGGCAGUGGAAACUUUGAAGGAGAAUGCAGUACCUGGAGAUAAAGGAUUAGUGCUGAAGUCUAGAGCCAAGCAUCAUGCAAUUGCAUCAAUGGUGAAAACGCCAUUUGUUUUUGACAAAGACCCUUUAGUAGUACAGUAUGAAGUCAAUUUCCAGGAUGGAAUUGAUUGUGGUGGAGCUUACAUGAAACUUCUGACUGCAUCAGAUGAUUUAAACCUGGAGCAGUUUUUUGACAGAACUCCAUAUACUAUUAUGUUUGGACCCGACAAAUGUGGAGAAGAUUACAAAUUACAUUUCAUCUUUAGACACAAGAGUCCUAUAACAGGAGAAUUUGAAGAAAAACAUGCUAAACGCCCUGAGGUUGAUCUGAAAAAAUAUUACACUGACAAAAAAACCCAUCUGUAUACUCUUGUGUUAAAUCCGGAUAAUACUUUUGAGAUCUUCAUUGACCAAAACAGUGUGAGUACAGGAAGUCUUUUUGAAGACAUGGUUCCUCCUGUAAACCCACCCAAGGAAAUUGAUGAUCCCAAUGACAGUAAACCAGAUGAUUGGGAUGAGCGUCCAAAAAUCCCAGACCCAGAUGCAAGUAAACCUGAUGACUGGGAUGAAAAUGUACCUGCUAAGAUAGAAGACCCUGAUGCUGUUAAACCAGAAGGUUGGCUUGAUGAUGAGCCAGAGUAUAUUUCUGAUCCUAGUGCCGAAAAACCUGUUGACUGGGAUGAGGAAAUGGAUGGAGAGUGGGAGGCUCCUCAGAUACCCAAUCCAGAAUGUGAAAAGGCUCCAGGUUGUGGACCUUGGAAGCGCCCCAUGAUCAACAAUCCAAAUUACAAAGGCAAAUGGAAGCCACCCCUAAUUGAAAACCCAAACUAUCAGGGAAUAUGGAAACCAAGAAAAAUCCCAAAUCCAGAUUAUUUUGAAGAUGAUAAUCCAUUUGGCAUGACCCCAUUCACUGCAGUUGGUUUAGAACUUUGGUCUAUGACCUCUGAUAUCUAUUUUGACAAUUUUAUUAUCUGUUCUGAAAAAGAGGUUUCUGAUCGUUGGGCAUCUGACAGCUGGGGAGUAAAGAAACUGGUGGCCAGUGCAAAUGAGCCUGGAGUGUGGAGUCAGUUGAUCAGUGCUGCAGAUGAACGACCUUGGCUUUGGAUAAUUUAUAUUCUGACUAUUGCUUUGCCUUUAGGGUUGAUUGCGCUAUUCUGCUGGCCCAGGAAAGCAGGCAGUGCAUCUCUUAAGAAGACAGAUGCUCCUCAGUUGGAUGAGAAAAGGGAAGAUGGUGAUAAUGAAGAAGAAAUAAAAUUGGAUGAAGCAGGUAACACAGUAGACCAUAGUGUGAAGGGGAGAAGCAUGCUGGAGAGCCAUGACCAAGAACAUCUGGUGGAUGCCCCAACGAAAGAAACUGGUCAGCUAGAUAAAAGAGAGGAAGAGAAUGGGAUUGUAGGAAAAAUGAGUCAAAAUGAUGAAGAGGAUGAGGAAGAAGAGGAUGAUGGUAAUAAAUCACAAGAUACUGCAUCAGAAGAUGAGAUGAAAGAUGCUGAUGAAGGCACAGAAGAUGGGCCAGUACAGCCAGUGCGUAAACGACGAGUACGGAAGGACUAACUCCCUUUCCCUAGUAGCUAACGUGUUUGGUUCGGUUUUUUUGUUUCUCAAGCAGUGUAUGCCUGAUAGCAUGCGGGUUACCCAGCUGCUAGCGAGGGGUGACCACAUAGAUUCUAUUCCAAAAUCACUCAUGUUGACAUUCAGACCUUGAAGCCUUGUCUAUUUUCUGGAAUUAUUCCUCUUUCUUUCCUUUGGUCUUCCCUUUGGAAUAGUUCUGUUUGAUUGGAAUAUUCACAUUGUAAGUUGAACGACUCCAGAUGUCGAGAAACGAGUAAGAUGAAUGUGCAGCUACAUCCUAACACUUCACACUUUUUUUUUUCAUUUGUUUGUUUGUUCUGAAGAGCUAAUUGCAUUUGCCUCUAAAAUGAUAAAAGAUAGUGAAGUAAAUUGUAAAAUGCUAUUUUUUCAAGUAUUUAUAGAUGAAUGUAUGUCUGUUCUCUGCUGAGCAAAGAUACACUGGAAGUAUGUAACGCAUGGUUUUAGAUUCAUUCCACCCUUUUUUUCUUUAUUCUAGUUUUCCCAAAGAAUGGUGGUGUCUUUUAAAGUGAUGUAAGGGUUUAUUGGAUUGAAGUGACUUAGGUUUGAUUACCUGAAAAUUAAAAAGGUUGAACUUUUUUUUUUCUUUUAAGUAUUAAACAAAAAUAAAGAGAUUUAGUUCUUCAGAAUGACAGGCUCAAUCGUAGUACUCGAAGACAGCAUUUUAUUCAGCCCUCUGUGUAGCCGCUUAUGAAAUCAUUUGAUUUUAAUUGGCAGUAGGUGGUUAAAAAAAAGAUUUUAUAAAGGCGAUUGAACACAGUGGGGUGAGAUUGGUAGGAAACAGUUGGGUGUUGGGUGCUGAGGGCAGCCCCUUUAUGAUCUCCACUUGAGGCACUCUAGACUUGUGACCGUUUAUAUUCAGAAAUAAUUCUAAUAAAUGAAGAAUUGAAAAGGCCACUUCCUCUGAUGAACGGGUGCAGCGUGGACAAACAGAAGUAGAGGAGCACUGUAGAUUGAGAGGAGGCAGAAUGUGUGGUGUUGGAGGACAGAAAUCACCUCUUAAAUAAAUUAUAAAACACAUGCAAAUGAGGACGAUUUCCACUUGCCAGCUUGUGGUCAGUGGACAGCACUGGUGAUUGUUUUUCUUCCUCUUUCUGUUGUUGUUUAAACUGAGAGAAGGCCUUGUUGAUCUUUUCCAGUUUCUGUGUCUUGGAAUCUCUUUGUCUCUGUGUUUCAUUUAUUGUUCCACAUUCCAGUUAAAGAUUCAGUAAAAGCAGAAAUUUGCUCUUUACUGACUUAGGUGUCCAGUCUUCGAGGUUUUUUUUUUUUUUGUUUUUUUUUUAUCAAAACUGUUGUGUUGAUGUCUUUGAUAACUGUUUCUGUGUGUCAUUUUGACUGAUUUGCCUUUGGCAGAUGGGAACCACUCAGAUAGAUGGUACAGUGCCUUCAGAAAGUAUUCUGACCCUUUCAUUUUGGUCACAUUUUGUUCUGUGGCAGCCUUGUGCUAAAAUCAUUUAAAUUCACUAUUUUCCUCAUCGGCCAGUGAAAACUGGAUUUUAGAAAUGUUUGCUAAUUUAUUAACAAUAAAAAACUGAAAUAUCCCAUUGUUACAAGUAUUCACACCUUUUACUUCAUUGAAGCCCCUGUGGCCUGUGGUCUUCUUUGGAUAUGAAGCAACAAUCCUUCCACAUAUGGAUUUGGGUCAUUUCUACAGAUCCUCUCCAGGCAUGUCAGGUUGGAUGGAGACUGUCAGUGGGCUGUUGUUUUUCAGGUCUCUCCAGAGAGGUUCAGUUGGGUUUAAGGCCGCACUCUGGCUGGGCAACUCAAGGACAUUUACAGAGUUGACCUUAAGCCACUCCUGUCUUUUAUCUGUGUUGUAUAUACUUUGUGGUUUGGGUCUUUGUCUUGUGGGAAGGUCAACCUUCGGCCCUGUCUGAAGUCUAGAGCACUGUGGCUAGAGCAGGCUUUCAUUAAAGAUAUCUCUUUACUUUGCUCUUUUCAGCUUUCCCAUGACCCCAAGUAGUUUACCAGUCCCUGCCGCUGUAUAACAACCCCAUAGCAUCACACUGCCACCACCAUACUUCACCAUUCUCCCUUAACAUUGCUCGACUCUGUCCAUUUUUUGUCCUUUAUUGAUGCUCAAUCUCUGGUUCAUUGUUUUGUAAUUUCUCAUAUUGAUUACUAUAAUUCCCUCUUCAUUUGCCUCCCUGCAAAAUCUAUACAGAAGCUACAGUACAUUCAGAACUCCAUAGCCAGAGUCCUCACCCACACAAAGCGUUUUGCUCACAUCUCCCCUGUUCUCUCCCAACUGCACUGGUUACCGGUUCCAUCAAGGAUUACAUUCAAGAUUCUGUUUCUCACCUUCAAAGCCCUACAUAAACUUGCCCCCCUCUACCUCACUCGGCUCCUAGAUCCUUACACUCCUUGUCGCUUUCUCAGGUCCUCGAGCAGUAAUCUCCUUACUUUCCCACGCACCAGACUCUCCACCCUGGGAGGCAGGUCCUUCAGUGUUAUGGCCCCUCAACUCUGGAACUCUCUUCCUCAGUCUCUCUGAGAUUGCUCCUCUUUUUCCACCUUUAAAUCUCAUCUCAAAACUUUCCUCUUUGAAGAACUUUUGUCUUCUGUGUGAUCUUUUUUUCCCCAUCUGUAUGUAAAGCAACCAUGAGUUUGUGAAAGACGCUGUUUAAAUGCAACUUAUUAUUAUUAUUGGAAUGGUAUUGUACAGGUUGUUGAGCAGUCACUGAUAUCCUCCAGAAACUACACUAAUCCUGGUUUCAUCAGACCAAAGAAUCUUGUUUCUCACAAUCUGAGAGUUAUUUAGGUGCCCAUUUGGCAAACUCCAAGCGGGAUUCCAUGUGUAUUUUACUAGGGAGAGGCUGGUCACUCUGCCAUAAAGCCAACAUCAGUGGAGUGUUGCAGUGAUAAUUGUCUUCCUGGACGUUUCUCCCAUUUCCACACAGAUAUCCUAGAGCUCAGCCAGAGGGACCAUUAGGUUCUUGGUCAUGGCUCUUCUCCCACAAUUGCUCAGUUUGGCUGGGUGGCCAGCUCUAGGAAGAACUCCAUUUAGAAUUCUGGAGGCCACUGUGCUUUUGGGAACCUUCAAUGUUGCAUUUCUGUGCCUUGACAUAAUCCCACUGUCACUAAGGUGUGCAUGCAGAUCCUUUGACCUCAUGACUUGGUUUAGCAGUGAUGCACGUUGUCAGCUGUGUGACCUUCUAUAGACAGGUGUGUGAGAGUUUCCUUAUCAUGUCCAGUAAAACUGACCACAGGUGGACUCCAAACCAGGUGUGGAAUCAUCUGAAUGGGAUGCACCUGAGCCAGAUUUUGAAUGUCAUAGCAAAGAGUCUGAAAUAUGCAAACAUUUCUAAAAUGCUGUUUUCAUUGUCAUUCUGGGGUAUUUAGUCUUGUUUGAUUUAGGGACAAAUGAAUUUGCAACAUAGAAAAAUAUGAAAAAAGUGAAGGGGUCUGAAUACUUUCUGAAUUCACAGGGGUGUGGCUCCUCGUUUGCUGGUCCACCUACAAUGACAUUGUCUGCCUUGGUAUUGUGACCCCUUUUACACAGGCUGGUUGGAAAUAGCAGUCAAGUGUGGAAGUGUCCGAGUUGUUCAUGGGUGUCACCCCAGUAGAACAGGAGGAAGCCUGUCUUGAACAAAUUGACCUCCUUGCGGUGUUGCAUUUGGUUUUACUGUGUUACUCAACAAACCGUCGAGUUCAGGACCAGUGACUGAAAGGGACACCUUACCAGUAGUGAAUAAGGGCCAUAGAACUGACCGACUAGGAUCUGUUUACUCAGCAGCUUAGGAGGUCUUCUAUAUGGUGCCACAAUGUCCAUGCUUUUGUAGUAUGCUGGACGUUUAGAUGGUCUUCAUUAAGCAGGGGUGCCUCCACAGCUUUAGGAAGUGUACCCCACUUUGUGGUUUGCAAUCCUAAAGCUGUAGCUCAAUGGAAAAAACAUCACAGAAAGUGUCCUCAUUUUUAGCACCACACAGUCUCCUCUGACCCUGUGCAGCUCAUUUGUCAGCUGAUGAUGGAGCUCUGCAUAAAGUGACAUUAGGAGGGCGUUAAUGCUGGGCGGGAAAGGGGGGGCACAAACCAUACACACGGUUCAGAAAUUUAAACACCAAGCUUGUCGUUGAGAAGAAAUUUCCAAAUGUGAUCCCCUCUGCAAUCCACUAGAUUCUGAGCGCUAAAAACAAUCAACUAAACCAAUGAAAACUUUGAAAAUGGAAAAUGGGCAGGCGCUAUGUCUACACUUCCUUAGCCCAGCGUAUAGCUCUGUAUCUUUUUUUUCAAGUGCUGAGAAAUUGCAGGACUAACACAUUUUUGGUGACAAAGAGUGCACAAUACGCUAAGUGAUGAAUCUGAAGAGAUGACGCUGCAUUAGGGAUAUGGAAGCACAAUCCUGUAUUGGUAGGAAUGCAUUAAUUUAAUAAAAUGUUUUGCAAAAACGGAGAUAACCAUCAGUUAAGUACAUUCCGAUGAUGGAGUUUAUGUUUUAGUUUUAUUACAAACUUUAUGUUCUUACAUUGUGAACAAUUCUAAAAUUUGUAUAUAAUGUGAAGAAAUAGCAAGUGCUAAUUUUUUUUUAUUUAAUAUUUAUUGGAAAGCUAAAGUAAAUUACUCAGGAUUGUGGAAGGGAACCAAAUGCAAGAUCAGGUCUGCACAAAUACCUAGGGCUGCAAUCGAAUGGCUGUCAAGUACCUUUCUGGUUUAUUGUUGCCUCGAUCCUUAAGUUAAUGUUGCCUCACAAGUGAAAACAGAAUUAUACCGACAGGGCAGUUUAUUUGUUUUAAAUGCUUAAAAAGCAGUCAGUUUAACCUUCGACUUACACAUUUAGUUAACACCUAUAACCGUGUUUCAGUUAGUCUCUUUGUUAACAUUUUUGUGCUCCAAAGCUCCAUUUUAUCCAUCUGCAGCCCUUUUAAUUUAAUUUAGAUAAAUGAGAGAGCAAUGUUACUUUUUAACAUUUAGCAACUUAUGCUGCAUCACUGGCUACAAAGGCGCAUACUGCCGUACGUGCAGCAGAGGAUUUACUGACAUAAUGUCUCCAGGUUUAUAGUCUGAAAGUUCCUUCCAGAUUGAAGCUAAUCCCUGUUUACAUAUGUUUGCAAAAUUGUAAAAUGGUCUUGGGGAAAUAAAUAUUUAAUAUAA